GGAAAAAGAAGAGAACAAUCGUCACCCUUUCAGAACGAAGAGAACGAGGACAGUUUCGCGACAGGGAGAUCAGAGAAAUUUCCAUUCAUUCGUUGAAAUGGUUGGAGAUUAAAAUUUGAAAGGAGAGAAAAGGGGAAAAAACACGAUUCGCUGGUAUCAAAACCCUCAAAUUUCUUCGUCGUUGUUCAAAUUCUCGCCAAAUCGAAGAAGGAUGGCCGAGUUCGUGGAACGACUUAGGGCAUCGACUGCUCGAUUUGGGGGCGGGAGAAGGAGCAGCUUUGGAUCGGUGGAUUUGAGCUCGUCGAGGCACGGCUCGUCGUCGACGAUCAGGCUCGGCCGCGUCCAGCCUCAGGCCCCUGGUCAUCGCACGAUCUUCUGCAACGAUCGCGAUGCUAAUCUUCCUGUUCAAUUCAAGGGAAACUCCGUAUCAACCACCAAGUACAAUCUUCUAACGUUUUUGCCAAAAGGGUUGUUUGAGCAGUUCAGGCGGGUAGCCAAUUUGUACUUUCUUAUGAUCUCCAUCUUGUCUACUACUCCCAUGAGUCCAGUGUCCCCCAUAACAAACGUGCUUCCGUUGAGUCUAGUGCUUUUGGUUUCUCUUGUGAAGGAAGCUUUUGAGGAUUGGAAGCGUUUGCAAAAUGAUAAAGCAAUAAAUAGUAGUCCUGUGGAUGUAUUGCAAGAUCAUAACUGGGAAAGUGUACCCUGGAAGAAGCUGCAGGUUGGGGAUAUUGUAAGGGUUAAGCAGGAUGGUUUUUUCCCUGCGGAUUUGUUGUUCCUUGCAAGUUCAAAUCCUGAUGGUGUCUGUUAUAUUGAGACUGCAAACCUUGAUGGGGAGACAAAUUUGAAGAUCAGAAAAGCACUGGAGAGAACAUGGGAUUACCUUCUUCCUGAGAAAGCUGCUGAAUUCAAAGGUGAAAUACAGUGUGAACAGCCAAACAACUCUCUGUACACUUUUACUGGAAACCUUAUCAUUCAAAAGCAGACAUUACCUCUAUCUCCAAACCAGUUAUUGCUAAGAGGGUGUAGCCUUCGGAAUACUGAUUACAUUGUUGGGGCCAUCAUAUUUACAGGGCAUGAAACAAAAGUUAUGAUGAACUCAAUGAACGUUCCUUCUAAAAGAAGUACGUUGGAGAGGAAACUUGAUAAACUUAUACUGGCGCUAUUUGGGUUUCUCUUUUUCAUGUGCGUUCUUGGAUCCAUAGGGAGUGGAGUGUUCAUCGAUAGCAAAUAUUAUUACCUAGGUCUUUUUGGGAAAGUGGACAAUCAGUUCAAUCCUAACAAUAGAUUUCUGGUUGCAAUUCUUUCAAUGUUUACGUUAAUAACAUUGUAUUCAACCAUCAUACCUAUAUCUCUAUAUGUAUCCAUUGAGAUGAUCAAGUUUAUCCAGUCCACCCAGUUUAUAAACAAAGAUAUACAUAUGUAUCAUGUAGAAAGCAACACCCCCGCAUUGGCUCGUACGUCGAAUUUGAAUGAGGAGCUUGGACAGGUGGAGUAUGUGUUUUCUGAUAAGACAGGAACACUAACGAGAAACUUGAUGGAGUUCUUUAAGUGUUCAAUUGGUGGAGAGGUGUAUGGCACUGGUAUUACUGAAAUAGAGAGAGGAGGAGCUGAACGGAAUGGAGCUGAACGGAAUGGAUUAAACACGGAUGAGGUUAAACAAUCUUCCAAAACUGUGGUUGAAAAGGGUUUCAACUUUGAUGAUGCUAGACUGAUGCGUGGUGCAUGGAGAAAUGAACGGGACCCAGAGACAUGCAAGGAGUUCUUCAGAUGUCUUGCAAUAUGCCAUACUGUUCUUCCAGAAGGCGAGGAAACUCCUGAAAAGAUCAAGUACCAAGCUGCAUCACCAGAUGAGUCUGCUCUGGUAGUUGCUGCAAAGAAUUUUGGAUUCUUCUUUUACAGGCGGACACCAACUGCGAUUAUGGUUCGUGAAUCGCAUGCUGACAAGAUGGGAAAAGUUCAAGAUGCUGCAUAUGAAAUCUUAAAUGUCUUAGAAUUUAAUAGUACGAGGAAGCGGCAAUCAGUUGUUUGUCGCUAUGCGAACGGAAGGCUUGUUCUGUAUUCUAAGGGUGCUGAUACUGUCAUCUAUGAGAGGUUAGCAGAUGGAAAUAAUGAGCUUAAAAAGUUGACCCGGGAGCAUCUAGAACAGUUUGGUUCUGCUGGUUUACGUACGUUAUGCCUUGCCUAUCGUGACAUGAGCAAUGAAUUUUAUGAGAAGUGGAAUGAGAAAUUUAUUCAAGCUAAAUCGUCCUUGCUAGACCGUGAAAAGAAGCUUGAUGAGGUUGCUGAGAUGAUUGAAAAGGAGCUUAUACUAAUCGGAUGCACAGCCAUUGAAGACAAGCUUCAAGAGGGAGUACCAUCUUGUAUAGAAACUCUCGCUAAAGCCGGAAUAAAGAUUUGGGUAUUAACUGGGGAUAAGAUGGAAACAGCGAUUAAUAUAGCCUAUGCAUGCAACUUGAUCAACAACAGCAUGAAGCAAUUUAUCAUCAGUUCAGAAACCGAUGCUAUAAGAGAGGCUGAAGAGAAGGGUGACCUUGCAGAGAUUGCACGCUGUAUCAGAGAUACAGUAAAACAAGAUUUGGAACGAUAUCUUGAGGAGGCAAAGCAGUGCUUGCGCACUCCUUUUGGACCUAAGCUGGCUCUUAUAAUUGAUGGAAAAUGUUUGAUGCAUGCAUUGGAACCGACCUUACGAGUGAAUCUGCUUAACUUGAGUUUGAAUUGCAGCUCAGUAGUCUGCUGCCGUGUUUCUCCAUUACAAAAAGCACAGGUCACUAGCCUGGUAAAAAAAGGUGCUCGAAAGAUCACCUUGAGCAUCGGGGAUGGUGCCAAUGAUGUAAGCAUGAUUCAAGCUGCUCAUAUUGGUGUUGGUAUAAGUGGAAUGGAGGGAAUGCAAGCUGUAAUGGCGAGUGAUUUUGCAAUCGCGCAGUUCCGGUUUCUAACUGAUUUAUUGCUCGUGCAUGGACGAUGGUCAUAUCUGAGAUUAUGCAAGGUUAUCACUUACUUUUUCUACAAGAAUCUUACCUUCACAUUGACCCAGUUCUGGUUCACCUUCCAGACUGGCUUUUCUGGUCAGAGGUUCUAUGAUGAUUGGUUCCAGUCUCUAUAUAACGUCAUAUUUACAGCAUUACCUGUGAUCAUUGUGGGUUUGUUUGACAAGGAUGUCAGUGCAUCUAUAUCAAAAAGAUACCCAGAGCUUUACAAGGAAGGAAUUAGAAAUAUGUUUUUCAAGUGGAGAGUUGUCAUGAUAUGGGCCUUCUUUUCUUUUUACCAGUCAUUAGUCAUUUAUCAUUUCACUGUCACUGCUAGCCAGAAUGGUCACAAUUCAUCAGGAAAGAUAUUUGGCCUUUGGGAUGUUAGCACAAUGGCCUUUACUUGUGUGGUGGUUACUGUCAACUUGCGUCUCCUUAUGGCAUGCAAUUCUAUAACAAGAUGGCAUUACAUAAGCGUUUCUGGGAGUAUUUUGGCAUGGUUCCUUUUCAUUUUUAUAUACUCUGGAAUAAUGACGCCAAACGAUAGACAAGAAAAUAUUUUCUUUGUCAUUUACGUGCUUAUGAGUACAUUCUAUUUCUAUUUGACACUUCUGCUCGUACCAGUCAUUGCACUCCUUGGUGAUUUCUUAUAUCAAGGGAUCCAAAGAUUCAUGUUCCCAUAUGAUUACCAAAUCGUGCAAGAGAUUCACAAAAAUGAACCUGAAGAGAGCAGAAGGACCGAGUUUAUAGAGAUCAGCAACCAUCUGACAGCAGAUGAGGCCAGGAGCUAUGCUAUUGCACAACUCCCCAGGGAGACAUCAAAGCACACUGGUUUUGCUUUCGAUUCUCCAGGAUAUGAGUCAUUCUUUGCAUCACAGCAAGGUGUUUUUGCUCCUCAAAAAGCAUGGGAUGUGGUCCGGAGAGCAAGCAUGAGAUCUAAACCAAGAUCAUCGAGGAACUGAUGAUGAUUCCUGUUUUAUGUCUUUUUUAUGUACAUUCUUUGGUCAUUGAAUCCACAAGCAUAGUGUAUAAUUAGUUUGUUCCAUAACUAGCUCAGUUUAUGCCCUUUCUACCCUACAUGAUUGUUUUGGACAAUUAUUGUUUAUCCACUCGGAUACUUGAGAUGUAUAGAGGGAUCCAAGAGGUAAUGGAAAAGUUUUGUUGAUUUAGCCUUUUUGAA